AUGUACACGCUACCACCAGCCUAUUCCUACUGUCAGCGUUCGCCUUGCUAUUCUGAAGGAGAUGACAGAAUUUAUAAGAGAAGACGUUCUGAGAUCAGUCGAAAACAAAGAAUGGCAGCAAAUGAACGAGAACGAAAAAGAAUGAACAGCAUAAAUCGCGGAUUUGAUCACCUUCGUCAGCGUUUACCAACGAUGCCCCACGAUAAAAAAUUAUCCAAGGUAGAUACCCUCAAAGGAGCAAUGCAAUAUAUUCGAGAACUUCAAGCUCUCCUCGAGCAAGAGCUACCCUCUGGCCCGGUAGGAGAUCAUAAGAUUCUCAUGAAUAAUAAUCCUGGAGAAGAAGGAGUUUAUGUUGUCUCAUGGCGACGAAAUCCGGAAAAAUACGGAGACAUCCACACCACCACCAAAGGAACAGUCGUCUACCAAAAAGAUGUAUGGGUUCCGGGAACAAAAUAG